UCCCGGUGGCCGAGUCCAGCCGGCUCCCUGCUCCGGGGUCCCUCGUGCCCUGUGUCCCCUCCGCCUCACCCGACGGCGACAUGAAUGUCCCGACCUCCGUCCUGGAGUCUGGAGGCCGGCGCUGGGGACCCUUGCUCCUCGCGUUUUUCCUGGCUGCGUCCCGAGGUCUGGUGGCAGCCUUCAAGGUAGCAACGCCAUACUCCCUGUACGUGUGUCCCGAGGGGGAGAACAUCACCCUUGCCUGCCAGCUCCUGGGCCCUGUGCCCAAAGGGCAUGAUGUGAGCUUCUACAAGACGUGGUUCCGCAGUUCACGGGGUGAGGUGCAGGUGUGCUCAGAGCACCGGCCUAUCCGCAAUGUCACCCUCCAGAACCUUCAUCCGUACCACGGAGGCCACCAGGCCUCCAACACCAGCCAUAACCUGCUCCAGAGCCACGGGCUGGAGACAGCCUCUGACCACCAUGGCAACUUCUCCAUCACCAUGCGGAACCUGACUGUGCAAGAUGGCGGCCUCUAUUGCUGCCUGGUAGUGGAGAUGAGACAUCGCCACUCAGAGCACCGGGUCCAUGCAGCCAUGGAGCUGCAAGUGCAGAAAGGCAAAGAUGCCCCCUCCAAAUGCAUCACAUACCCGUCCUCCCCCGAGGAGAGUGACAACAUCACAGCUGCAGCCCUGGCCACGGGCGCCUGCAUCGUGGGCAUCCUCUGCCUCCCGCUCAUCCUGCUGCUGGUCUACAAGCAGAGGCAGGUGGCCUCCCACCGCCGGGCCCAGGAGUUGGUGCGGAUGGACAGCAGCAGCCCCCAAGGAAUUGAAAACCCUGGCUUUGAGGCUCCUCCAUCCUCCCAGGGAUUGCCCGAGGCCAAGGUCAGGCCCCCUCUGUCCUACAUGGCCCAACGGCAGCCUUCAGAGUCUGGACGGCACCUCCUCUCAGAGCCCAACACACCUCUGUCUCCUCCAGGCCCUGGAGACGUCUUCUUUCCAUCCCUAGAUCCAGUUCCGGAUUCCCCAAACUCUGAGUUCAACUAGAUCAGCUGAAGGACAGUGUGGGCAGGGGUGGGCUGUGUCUGGGACAGGUGCAUUUGAGCCAAGGCUGGCCUCCUUGGUCCCUUCCUUCCUGCUCUGAGCCUAGAUUCUGCCUUCCCCCUGAGGCCUAGGCAGGCCUCUCAUCUUUCUAGAUGCUACUCGAGGAUGGGAGAAGAUCUUGGGUUACUAAUCCUGUUCUUAAGGAUGCUGGGAUGCUGGUUCCUCCCUAGAGACCUGAAAUUCACCAACUACAGAUGCCAAAUGACCUAUAACCUAUGAAGUUCCAGAAUUUCCAGCUGUGCAGUAGCCUCCCUGCCUGGGACAGGAGUCUGGGGCCCUGGCAGCACAGAUGAAAUGAUGUAGGCACUGGGCAGGAUCCCCUAGUGCCACUUCAUAGACAAGAGACACAUACGACAAAAUGUGGAGACUCCUGCUGCUGUUGGCUGGCCUGGGUUCACUGUUUGUUGGCCUCAUUGCAUGUCUGAGCUCCCCAGCUGGGGUCUGUCUGGCUCUCACCAUAGGGCUUCCUCACAGUUUUCUACCAGCCAUCUGAGGCUUUACCAACAGAUAAGGCAAAUUUGGGGCUCCUAUCACCUGUAUUCUGUUUUCAAGCGUUCAGUGGCUAGAGGUAUAGGAAGUACAUAUUAGGGUCCACUGUGAGCCAACUGAUGUCUUGGGCAAUUUGAGGCCAGGCUUGAGGCAAGAGGUUGUGCCACCUGUUGUGGCUGGUAGAGAGGGAGGGUGGAGGGCAGAGAACAGAAGCGGCCCUCCUGCCCUCCCGCCUUACUACUCCACUGCCCAUGGUAGGGAACAUUCUAUGGAACUGCCACUCAAGGCUUUUAAAAGCAUGGGAGAAAAGAGUGGGGGGGGGGAGAAACAGGACAGGUGGGGAUGGCACUUGAGAGUGGAGAGGGCAAGGUGGGGCAAAUUGGCCUCUAACCCCCAGCGGGACCCAAGCCUGGCACACAGAGGUUAGAGUUUAAAUGAGAGCAUCUAGUCUCCUGGCACUGCUGAACCAAGCUUAGGUGUCAGAAACAGCACUGGGGCUUGGGCCAGAGCAGGCCAGAAGUCCAUCAGUACCUGGAGAUGAGAUGGAGGAGGGGGGAAAGGGUCUGAACAUUGUGGCCUCCUGCUGUGUCUGGGGUAGGGGAUGAGGUCUUGCAGAAUAAGUUCCAUUUUCUCCAUAGGGAUGAUACCUCCAAGUGGCCAGGACACCCACACCCUGGCUCCUGCUUUGUUCCUAGGAUACCCUCUUCUACUCCAUCUGCUUCCAUGGACACUCCAGCUGUCCUCCCAGCCCCUGGAGGGGCCCUGGGCAGGAGUAGGGAGGUGGCAGAUGUUGUGUGGCAGGACUGUACCAUCCCUAGGGUUGAAUGACAAACCCUACAUGCUACACUCAGGAAGUGUGGCUUGUCCCCCGGGAGAUGAACCUGAGCCCACCUCUCAGCUUUGGACUUUGAUGAAGAGACAACUUCUAAGAAUUUGGCUGCCAGCAUCCCCUCCACCCCAAAGCCUCUCUGCUGCUGUGGGGAGAGGGGAGGAGGCCCUAGCAGAACAGCUACCCCACUUCCUGCCGGGCUUCCUCGUGCACUGCACAGCUCUCCUCUUCUCUGGACCCUGCAAGUGAGCGAGGCUCAUUUUCGUGGUUUCCUGUUUUCAGUAAAAUUUACUGUGAGCUCCAGGCUCCAUCUUUAUCCUGGUCUGCCUGAAGCAGCCCCACAGAUAUCGCUGCUGCUGCUGCUGCUGCUGCUGCUGCUGCUGCUGUACAGGGGCUGCCUGCGAUGGUGGUGUCUCUGGGGGUUGUGACAGGAUGGGGACAGGCAUGAACAGGGAGCUUCCAAAGGCAGCAGGUGCCCAGAGCCUGGAAGCAACUUGCUCCUGGCACUGGUGGAGGCCCAGGAGGGAAGUCUGUACUUUAAGAGCUAGUUCAGUGUCCCUGUCUCCAGAUUUUCACAUUUUGAAAAGCUUUUCAGGGACUAGAAUCAAAGAUCCAUAAGUUUCUGAUGCCUGACAGGCCACAGGCCAUUGUGGUGACAAGCCCUCUGGUGGGCUUGCAAAGUCCCCUGGACUUUUUUCUUAAAAAAACAAAAC